AUGCAUGUAGACUUGGGCCGAGUUAUUUAGCAUCGACACUAAAACAAAAGCGUGAAAUCUAAUUUAUUUCCAAAAAGUACUUAAAUUCGCUGUUGCAAACGAAAAUAUGGUUCAUUGCGCUUUAUCUGCAAAUUUGAAUAAUGCAUCUUUAUUAGUUGCUGCUUUUAUAUAUAGAAAAUAUUAUUGAUAAAGUGAUUUACUUGCCACUCAUUUACGUUAUCUACGGCCUCAAGCGUUUACUAAAACAUUUUAUGUUUCUGUAUACAUAAAAAACUCAUUCAAUUCGAAUACAAUUUUGGUACACAAGGAUAUUACACAAAUAACACAUAUACUUGACCUGGCAGCUGCUGCGUGUAACAAACAACUUUUUUGUGGGAAAUAAUGGAAUGGACUCGGGAGAAAACACUUGCCCUUAUAAAUGAAUACCGCAAACGUCGAGGUCUAUGGGAUAUGACACACGAUGACUAUCGGAAAAAAGAUGUAAAGCAAAGUCUUUUAAUUGAGGUUAGCGAGAGCCUGGGUGGCAACAUACCUGUUGGGGAAAUCGAGAAAAAAUUCCACACACUGCGUACUCAAUACCACCGCGAAAUAAAUCGAAUGAAGCGUAAAGAACCAUAUAAUUCUAAAUGGUUUGGUUUCAAGAAUUUACAGUUUUUAAGUUCGCCUAUGGCUCGGCGUUUGUCGAGGGGACGUAUAAAGAAUGAAAUCACUGAGGAUGGUACUGUUACCACUAAAUAUAUCAUAAGAGACUCGACCGGACAACAACCUGAGAGUAACGGUAGUUCUGCGCACUCGAAUAAUAACAUAAACGAAGAAUUUUUAACAAUACACCAAAAGCCCCCUACUAUAACUAUAGAAACCAUAGCCAAUACGAGCCGUCGAAAUACAAGCCAUCGAAAUACGAGCCGGUCACGUGCUUUAGAAAAACUAAUUGAAGAAACUACCAAAGAUGUUGAAGAUAUUGAUGACAAACCAAAAAUGUCUGUUUCCCUUGGUCACCAGGGUUACAGUAGUGAAAUACAUACAGAAGAGGAACUGCAUAAUCAAAGAAAUCAUUCGGAAAAUCAAACAAUGGAAGAAGAGGAUGAAGCAAUGGAAACACUGCACUUACAAGGGGAAGAGGAAGAAGAAAUUACCUAUCCUCCGUCUACGGGCCCUGAGGGAUGCGAAAGCGGAUCGCACAAUCAGCAAACUCUUCAUCAUGCGCCAAUACCUACACGGAUUAUAAAAAUACAACGUCGUGAUACAUGCAAUGAAGCUGAGUUCUAUGAGGAUGAGUCGGAGCAACCGCAUGAAAACAAGCGCAUUUUUUAUGAAAGCACUGGACAGCAACAUUGUCCAUCUUUAGUGACGUCAACACCAUCAGCAGCUUCGAAUUCAACAAACGCAUUGCUUAAUCCACAAGUCAAAACUCGCCAGCAUAAACGACAAAUUCAACUUCCAGGACGAAAUUUGGAUGAAAAUAUUAAUGGAAAAUCAGUGACGCAAGUGCUACAUACGUCAGGGGCCCUGCGUGAUGAGUUUACAACGUAUGGAGAGUAUGUUUCUAAUGAAAUGCGUAAUAUAACAAAUCGAGAGGUGUUACUGGGCCUCAAGCAUAAAAUAAAUACUGCUCUCUUUGAAGCACAAAUGGCAGAAUUGCAAAAGUGAAAAUAUGUCAAUCAAAUACAUUUGUUAAGAUCUUUACAUGCAACCGAGGGCGAUUGUUCCGCUGGGUAGAGCAUUCGACAUGGUUGGGAACAAACACAAAAUACUAGUUAGUUAUUUUUAAAACUUUUAGUGUAUAAGUUGGUAACUGCAGAAAUUUUUAUAUAGAUUUGAUAAUAACUUCAAAGAAUUAUUUUAACAGAAUUGUUUAAACAAUCACUUUUCCUUUAAUAUUGAAGAAAUUUCCAAGGCAUUCUUGUAUAAGUUGUUCAUUUUCAUUUUGAAGAUUAAGAUAAUUAGAUGUAUUGUUGCUGGUUUGUUACGUAGAUACCUAUAAUGUUCUAAAAUUUGCCUUCAUAUAGUCUUAUUACUAAUGAGGUGCGGAAUAAAAAUGGCGCGUUCAAUUACAUAAUUAAAACAAACUUAAACCAAAA